CUCUAAAUCUAAUAUCUAAUAUCUAAUAUCUAAUAUCUAAACCACUCACUUUCCCAAUCUCUCUCUCUUCCCUUUUUUUUUCUCCAUUUUUCACCACUCCCAUGGCUGAAGAAUCCAAGAAGAUCGAAUCCCCGCCCCCCUCCGAUCCUCCUCAACAACUCCCCAAAGACGUCACCGAGGAGAAAUCCGUCAUUCCCCCACCGCCCGAACACAAAACUGAUGACUCUAAAGCCCUCGUUCUCGUUGAAAAGGUUCCAGAAGUUGCUGACCCCAAAACCACUGAAGGCUCUGUAAACAGAGAUGCUGUGCUAGCAAAAGUUGCAACAGAGAAGAGGUUGUCUCUCGUUAAAGCUUGGGAAGAAAGUGAAAAGUCCAAGGCAGAGAACAAAGCCCACAAAAAGCUAUCUUCUGUUGCCGCAUGGGAGAAUAGCCAAAAAGCUUCUGUAGAAGCUGACUUGAAGAAGAUCGAGGAAAGUUUGGAGAAAAAGAAGGCAAAGUACAUUGAGCAAAUGAAGAACAAAAUUGCUCUGCUCCACAAAUCGGCGGAGGAAAAGAGGGCGAUAAUCGAAGCCAAGCGAGGAGAAGAUCUUCUCAAAGCAGAGGAGACGGCUGCAAAGUACCGUGCCACCGGUACUGCCCCGAAGAAGCUUCUCGGCUGCUUCUCGAGUUGAAUGGUCUCGUUUCCAAUCCCUGAUUAUUGUGUGGACGUAGUACUGAAAAACACAAUUCUUCAUCAGUUGGGGUGUUAAUUAGACGUGCUGUGUGUGUGUGUGUGUGUGAUGGAAGGAAAAGUAUUGUUUAUGGUUUGAUUUAUUGGUAUGUGUUUUGUGAAUAUGAUAUUUGGAGGAAGAUUACUUUGAAUGUAAAUCAAUAUUGUUACUUUAAUAUGUUCUAUUGUUUUCA